UCAUUGCACAUCAUGGCGACGACCGUGGAUGGUGGAAGUGCUCCUGUUCCAGGCGCUCAAGGCUCAGCCCCGGCUGAUCCGAGUGCCGAUAGUGACCAGUUCCAAUAUAGUAUGCUGCUGGAACACUUAAUCGGGGACAAAAGGCAAAUCAAGGACCUAAACCCUACUGUAAUGGGAGGACUUCCAACCCCAUUCAAAUCCGAUGAGGAAAAGAUGAUACAACGGGGAAUGGAGAGCUGUGCUUUUAAGGCAGUCCUGGCGUGUGUUGGAGGCUUUGUCCUUGGAGGAGCUUUCGGUGUUUUCACUGCAGGCAUAGACACCAACGUGGGGUUUGAUCCCAAAGACCCAAUGAAAACCCCCUCAGCACGAGAGGUCCUCAAAGACAUGGGCCAGAGGGGGAUGUCAUAUGCCAAGAACUUUGCGGUUAUUGGCGCCAUGUUCUCCUGUACAGAGUGCAUCAUCGAAUCACACAGGGGUAAAACAGACUGGAAGAAUGCAGUGUACAGUGGCUGUGUAACUGGUGGAUUGAUUGGAUCCCGAGCGGGUUUGAAGGCAGGGGUGCUAGGAUGUGGAGGCUUUGCGGCCUUUUCUGCUGCAAUUGAGUAUUAUCUCAGAUGAACCCCUCGGAGACCACCUGACCUCUGGGGACUAUGUCUGAGGACUCACCAAACUC